AUGUAUAAUGUAUUCUCCUUAAUCUUCCUUCUUGCACUUGUUCCCGCCAACUCCAUCCGAUUAACUGAAAUAACGUCCGACCAAAACUAUGGUACGUGGCAAAAAUUUACAAGAUUCGUGGAUACCGAAAAGGGCAGUCAAGUCAAGGGAUUAUCGGACCUCAAGGUGUACUUGCAAUUUUUUGGCUAUCUCUCCAACGACCCCACAAAAAAUCUGACCGAUUUGUACGAUGAAGAGAUGGAAUCUGCCGUCUCAGCGUACCAGAAGAAUAUGGGACUGCCCGUUUCCGGAGAACUGGACAAUGAUACCAUGAACUUGAUUAUAGCGCCGAGGUGUGGCAAUCCUGAUAAAAUAAUCGUUAGUACUAACAAUAGUAUUGCGAGUAUAUUGCACUAUUCGUUUUUAAAAAAUACGCCGAUGUGGAAACGACAAAUUCCGAUAACACUAAAGUACGCUUUCUCGCCGGAUCAUAUGAUCCCCGAGUUAAGCGUUUCUGAAAUUAGGCCCGUCUUUGAACGGGCCUUUGAGCGGUGGUCGUCCGCAACAUCGAUCAACUUUGCCGAGACGGACGACUUACGUCAUGCUGACAUCAGCAUUGGAUUCUAUACGGGGAAUCACGGUGACACGUUGCCGUUUGAUGGGCCGUUGGGAAUGACGGCCCACGCUUACCCGCCGGAAACCGGGAUAAUCCAUCUGGACGGGGCGGAAAUAUGGGCGGUUGAUUCCGAAAAACUGAAAUUAAAAAGGGCGGUUGAUUUGGAAUCUGUGGCCCUCCAUGAGAUUGGUCACGUACUAGGAUUGGGUCAUUCUACAAUUAAUGAGGCGGUUAUGUAUCCAACUUUAAUAUCGGGUACCAGAAAGGUAGAGCUCAGCGUUGAUGAUGUGGAAGGGAUACAAGGACUAUAUGGGUCAAAUCGUUCCAAGCAUGAUUUUCAGAAUUCGAGUUGGAGUACUCUGCAGGGAUUGAGAAGAAGUUCGGGCUCGAGCAUGAUUUUGGGCAUAAUGGUUUUCCUAGUCUACCUUAGGUUAUUGUAG